CACAAGCGACAUGUCCACACCGCGCCGUGCACGCAGAUAAAAAACGUAGCAGAAAUGGCGCAGGACGCGUCUCUCUCGCAGCACAGCGAGACAUCGUUUGAUUUUAAAGCCACCGCUGGCUAUCCCGUGGGCAAUCCCGCCCUUGAUCUCUGCACAGCGUGGGACGCCGCUGGAAGGAAUCUCUACAUCUAUCGACCCGGCGGGCAGGUCGUUUCCAAAAUCCACCAGUACUCUGCGCCGGGAUCAAAAGCCCCAGAUGCAUUGACAGUAACAUGGAAGCCAGACGGUCAGUUUCUCGCUGUGGGAUGGAGCGACGGCGUUGUGCGGCUGAUGGGCCUGGAGAACAAUAAAACAGUACACAAUAUCCCGAUUACAGAUGGAGAAGGUAAAAUAUCACAUAUUGGUUGGGCAACGGCCGUCAUUGUAGACAAGGCAGCCGCGUCGAUAUCCAAAAAGUUAGAGCGCCUUAUGGCAGAUGAGGAGGACGCCGAACAUGUCCUCGAUUUACCAGAGGAGAUCAAGUUUCUUGAAAUCGACACAGCUCUCCCUAAGAUCAGCCCGCUUCCUACAGGGAGUGCUGGCGCAGGUGACGACGCGACGGUGUUUACACUCCGCAGUGGCAUCGACUUUCUCUUCCAGCCUCCGAAGCGCUCUGACCACGGCAGAGUAAAUGCCAUGAUUACGGGAACUACAGAUGGAAAGCUACAUCUGAGCGUCUAUGACAGCUUUGUGAUAGGAUCACUCCACUGUCCAACGCUAGAAACAGCCCGCGCACCGCGAAUGAUAUCGCACGCUUGGAAUCCACGCUUUUCAACCCAGGCAUUGCUACUUACAGACGACGAAGGAGAACCUAGCAAUGUACACCUUGUGCCGAUAGAUUUGCCGUUUAUCUCCGCGUCGCCAAUCAACCUAUCGCUGCUAGCUUCCAAGAUGACCACUCUCCAAACACUCCUCCGAUACUUUAAACAAGUCCAGCUGCACAUGCAAGUCGAAUGGAACAAUGCGCGCGAGCUGCCGAAGCGAUUCCUCCGCAGCGUCCAGGAAGAUUUGCAGCAGCUAGAGAGCGGACCAAAGGACAUUAUAUCUGCUUUAUACCACACUGUUGCGACAGGCCAUGCAUACCCUCCUGUCAAGGAGUGGCUUGUAGAUACACUCGCCGAACGAGGCCAUAAACGCUGGGACAAGGCAGUCGUAUCAGGCCUCGAAAACUUGCGCUGUCUUGUACACGAAAACUUCCUCCCAUCACUAGACCGCGCUGCCAUAAUUCUCUCACGUCUGCGUGGUCUAGCGCGCUACCACGCCCUCCGUGACGAUCUAGGAUUCAACGUAGCCCAACUAAACCGCAUCCUCGACAUUAUUAGCUGUCUGUCGCUUGUGGGUAACAAGAUCCUAUUGCAGGUCAUGGACGAGCUGGACCACUUCCAUGCAUUUUCCGCCUGGCUACGCUUUCAGAUCGACAAACUGGGCGCUUCGUCCUCAGCGGCCGACGAGCUCACAGAAAAGGAAGCCACACUUCAAACAGGCAAGAUUCUUACAUACAUUGAGCGAUAUCUGGUAGGUAGUCCGUUGGACGGCUACUUCGGCGAGAUUGCAAAGGAGGACUACUCGGCCGACUGGGACCAUAUAGAGGAUGGGCCAAGCCUGCUUGCUGUGCUGGAUAAGCAGUUACAGAAGCGAGACGAGGGUGUUGCGCACAUGAAGGCGUUGCCGCAUGUGGACUUCUUGGUCAACUAUGCGACCACUUGGGCGAAUCGCAUGUUCAAGGACGUGGCUGAAGCAAAACUUCGGAGCGUCAGGUUUGGGAAACCAGUGAAACUGGGCAUGGGGGCUGUCAUUCACUGCUUGGAUGUCAAAAUGUUGGAUGAUGCGGAUGGUGUAAAUGUAUUCGCAGCCAUGGCAUCAAAAGAGAUAACUGGAAAGAUUUCCUUGUUUAAAAUGCCAAUGACGAUUGUCAAUGGAAUAUCGACAAAUAAGGAGCCGUCAAUGUUGACUGUUGCGCUACCUGAUCGUCGGAUCCUUGACAUCAAGUUCCUAAGGACAGACCUCGUUAUUCUUACAACGAAACCAAGUAUGUAUCUUUUCAGCAUAUUGUUGACGUUGACUAACCAUUCAGGCUCCAAUGAAGCGCAGCUGCUCUCUAUCCCGGCCUCAACGCUGACUUAUGCACCAAACGACGAUGCCUUGGAGGUCGAUAUUGCAAACCUAUCGCCUACGACAUACACCAUGCCGGCAGAUAUGAACAUCCGACCAGUCAAAUUGGAAACCCACGAAAAGGUGGAUUUAAGAGGCGAGAUACCUGCCAGAAUUAGCUUGCUGUCUGCAAACAGGACCACAGUCACCACGCUAGCCAUAGAUUAAGGUAUCAAUUCGCAUCAAUCAGUCAUAUGCAUGUCCUAGAGUUGCUAGCUAUGUACUUUUGCCAUUGUCUCAUUUCGCCUCUGCCGCCUCGACUUUUGGCUUGGUAAUGUUGAAAAACUCAGUGAGGCCGUCAACCACGGCUUCGACAUUCAUAUUCACCAGUGGCAUUCGGUCGUACGAGUCGUCUGUCAUAAUGGCCACGAGAGCCAGGUAGCGGUCGACCUCUCUCAGCAUAAUGGGCUUGUUGCUAUCGUAGAGCACGAGACAGCUCUCGGCUGUCUGGCAGCCCACCUGAUCUUCGAGCUUUGCGCCCCAUGGCUCAGCCUCGACACGCUUUACGCUUUCAUCGCUGCGCUGCCAUGUGCCGUAGACUUCGGUAAUAUCGAUGAUGACGUCAAUAUAGUCGCUGCAGAUUUCGUAGCUGGCCAUGUCGGCCGUUGCCGAGUCCGUGGCAAUGUAGAUCUUGGAGAGGACAUCAAAUAGAUACGCCUUUUCAAAGCGGCACGUGCGGCAGAGGUUGGUGAGCAUAGAUUCGAGCGUGCCGAGGCGUGGGAUGAGCUUCUGGAUGACUUUGGAAAACGCCUCGAAGAUGGAGUGGUUGUAGAUGGAGGUGAGGUGGAAUGUGACGGGUGCGUUUUCGAAGCCGUGGUCAGACAGCUCGUCUUGGAUACGGAUCGUGAUGUCGCGCUGGAUGUCUAGCUUGUAGUCGUCCGACAAGCCAUCGACUUUGUGGAUAAAGACUUCUAUGUUAAUGUUGGGAUAGUUGCCCUGUAGGUGAAGAAUGGUUGCGUUGAGCCGCGCUACGGCUUCCAGAUAGUCGUCUUGGGCAUCAAUGACCCAAAUAAGCGCACCGAUUUCGCCAAAGAUGGCAUCCAUGUCGAAGUCGGGGUUCUCAAAGACGUCGAUUUGACCGGGAAAAUCCCAUACUUGGAAGUCCAUAAAUGAGCUGGCUUGUUAGCCUGUUCGUUACUACUAAGAGUAAAAGUGCGUGCUUACGCCAUAGAAUCUUUUUGAAUGCGGGCUGUGGAUUCGAGAAACAGUGUCUCGUUUGGGGGCAACUUAUGGAAUACGACGCUUGAAAUGGACGACUUGCCGCUCCUGGGGUAGAGUUAGCAGAGAUCCAAGGUCAACAUAUGAUUUCUAGGAGCCUACCGUCUUUGGCCCAUCAGAAGCAGACGAGGCUUACCCUUAAUGGGCAACCCCGUGGCCACUUCGCCGUCUUUUGCUGGGGGACUUCGUAGAGCCUGUUCAUGGAGGCGCCAGAGCGUUAGCUGUGCUGCACUUUGCAUGUUUGGGUAGUAGUGUUUGCCGGGUCUCGGCGCUGGGAAUAGCAACGGCCGUAGGCAUGGCACCAACCGGGCAAUGAGCUUCUGGAGACCAAGCAUAGGCUGUGUAUCGCUGCAUAUACAGGAGGCGCAAUGCAGAUGCAAAGGCACGAUCCUCUGAUCCGCGACGAGAUGAUGCGACAGACAGACUACCUCUGCCCGCAGGUGACCAUCCCGUAUAGAGAGACGUGGCACAGCAAUUCUCAGAAUAGCAGCAAUACGCCGGUCCAACUAAAAGCUGUCUUCCGGGUGCACAAGCCUAUAUAGCCUCACUUCCGAAAGCCUCUUGGUUGAGGGCAGGUCCGCACGCUGUGCUUCAUAGCUGCCUGUCGCUUGCUUCUCCCUUGAGAAAAGCAGGAGCUGGAAGGGGUAGAAGAAUAAAUAUCACGCGACCUUACCUCCAUGUUCUGAAUGGCCUAUCCGGACAAGCGGAAGGGCUGAGGAUCUUUUGGCGAGAUGAACAGGGUGGUUACACCAAGGCGGAGGAGGAGGUGAGGUCUCGUUGGCUGUCUUAAGCUGAGGGAAACCGGUGGCGUGGGUUCUGUGGUUAUGGCGCAGUAGCAGGGGGUCGGAAUUUAUCGAGAAUUAAUUUGAAUCGAUUGAGGAAGGGCGAGAGGGUAGUUUGAUUGAGGUUGGCGAUGUCGAUGAGAGAGGUGAGCAAGGUGAGCUGCGGG